AUCGCCCGCGUGAGCUCGUGCUAUCAACUUCAUCCUGCCAUGAACGGAAAGGAGAAAAAGUCGCGUCCACGAUAAGAAUCAAUAGAGGAAUAUAAGGAGACAACAUGAUCGCCAUUCCGCCAGCUUCCCCAGCGUCAUUGCUGCAAUCCUGCACAUUGGUCCUUCAUUGCAGCCAUGCGUCUCUCUUCUUUUCUUUCACUGAGCUUUGGAGCUCUAGCGCUGGCGUCUCCUGCCUCGAAUCAUGUCAUUCACGAGAAGAGAGACGCAGUUCCUGCGGACUGGAGCCGCAGUGUCAAGCUCCGCAGCGAUGCAAUCCUGCCUGUGCGCAUUGCACUUGCGCAAAGGAACCUGGACAAGGGUGAUGACUUUUUGAUGGAAGUCUCACAUCCCGAGUCUGAUAAGUUUGGAAAACACUGGACUGCAAAGGAGGUUGCCGAAAUGUUUGCUCCAUCUGAAGAGACUGUCAAUUCUGUCAAGGAUUGGCUUUCAGAUUCAGGAAUUCCCUCGGACCGUAUCCGGCUUUCUCAGGGUCUGAACUGGAUUCAUUUCGACGCUUCGGUUGCAGAGGCCGAGAAAUUGUUCAAGACGGAAUACUACGUCUACGAGCAUGCCACUGGCCAGCCUCACGUUGCUUGCGAGGAGUACAGCCUUCCAAGCCAUCUCCGCAAGCACAUUGACUUUGUUUCGCCUACCGUUCACUUCGAUGCCAAGCUCCGUCGGCGCGAUGAAAACGAGCUGCAGAAGCGCCAAAAGUCUGCCGAAGGCAAGAAUGUUGUUCCCGGCACGGCAAAGUCGAUUUCCAAACCCGGAUCGGGCUCUCUUCCAAAGCUCGGUGCGAGCAUUGACAUCUUUGGCAUUCUCGAAGAGCUUUCCAACUGUGACAAGUACAUUACCCCCGACUGCCUGCGCGCGCUGUACUUGUUUCCUCCCAACCUCUUCGCGAACCCCAAGAACAGCUAUGGUAUCGUCGAGUAUUCUCCCCAAGCGUACCUCCAGGGAGACUUGGACCUCUUCUUCCGCAACUUUUCCAAGCCGCUCGUUGGACAGUCUCCAAUACUCAACUCUAUUGACGGUGGAUACGCACAAACUACCAACCAGAGCUUCGAGUACAAUGGCGAAUCUGACCUGGAUCUCGAAUACGCCAUGAGUCUUGUCUACCCGCAGAAAGUGACCCUCUACCAAGUCGGCGACCCGGUCGAGUCUGGUUCGUUCAACAACUUCCUCGACGCCAUUGACGGCUCCUACUGCACCUACGAAGGCGGCGACGACUACACUCAGGAUGCUGCAUACCCUGACCCCUACCCAGGAGGAUACAAGGGACCCGAGAACUGCGGUGGCUUCUCCGCGACAAAGGUCAUUUCCACUUCGUAUGGCUACAACGAAGCCGACCUCACGCCCUUUUACGAGCAGCGCCAGUGCAACGAAUACCUCAAAUUGGGUCUUCAGGGCGUCACCAUCCUCUAUUCAUCUGGUGACUACGGCGUUGCUGGAAACGGGGGCCAGUGCAUCGAUCCCACGACGGGCGAAUACAAUGACGGCUCCAGCGGCCUUUUUAACCCUUCUUUCCCUGGCACCUGCCCCUACGUUACCUCUGUGGGCGCUACGCAGGUCAACCCCGGCGCCAGCGUUUUCCAGCCCGAGAGCGCCGCCGAACAAGUCAUUUACUCUGGCGGUGGAUUUUCAAAUGUCUUUCCCUUGCCAUCAUACCAGGCCGCUGCCGUCGGAGCGUAUUUUGCCAACCACAAUCCUCCGUAUGGCGCGGACCGCUACAAUAAUUCUCGUACUACCCGUGGAUACCCUGACGUUUCUGCCAACGGCGUCAACUACGUCAUCGCCAUCGACGGCGGCUUCAACCUCGUCUUCGGCACAUCUGCUAGCUCUCCCACUUUCGGCUCCAUCAUCACCCUCAUCAACGAAGCCCGUCUGAAUGUCGGUAAGGGACCCGUCGGCUUUCUGAAUCCCACCCUCUACGCCCACCCGCAGGUCCUGAAUGAUAUCACCUCGGGCGGAAACCAGGGCUGCGGCACCCCCGGUUUCACUGCCGUGUCGGGCUGGGAUCCCGUCACGGGCCUGGGCACGCCGAAUUAUCCGAAACUUUUGGCUCUGUAUCUUUCUUUGCCUUAGAGAGUUAGAGUUUUAGACUCUUAGA